CUGAUUUAUUUGAAGUAAUUUGACAUGGGUCUCACCGUUUUCAUUUCAUGAUGCAGACUUUUUAAGCUGCGAUUGACUGCACGAAGACAGUGGCAAGAAAGUCUGGCCGUGUUCAUCAGACCGAACGCAUUCUGGAAUAAGAUGGUUUCACAUUCUGGAAGUUCUUGCUCCUGCAUAAUUGCCUAAUAGAGAAUGAAGGAGGCAGAACGCAUUAAAAAGAAUUUCUCGUGAAGAGGGAAGAAGAAGAGUUGGAGUGAAGUUUCUUAUCACAACGAUCAUUGUCAUUGACUGAUAGAUUCUUGGGGCUUCUUGAUUUUCUGUAGUGAGAGUAAAGAAAGUAUCUUUUAGUUGCUCUGCUUUCUCGAAGCACAUUUCCUCGGAAGACAGGAGAAAACACCGUCUGCAUGAAUGGCCGGAAAGGGUGUUUGUCCUCCGGCGACGAGAGCUGGAGUCUGCGUGGACGGAAAACGCUCUGUUUCGAAGUCUCCGUCUAAUAACUUGCCCUUCAUUUCAGCCAUUGCCGAGCGACUAGCUUUGCUCGAGAGCUCCCAGCCCUUAAACGACGGCGUAGACUUCCGCCAGCUAUGCAUCGACCUUUCAAGGGGAAUUGAUAAUGCCAUUGCCAGCCAGGAGAUUCCCCCUGAUGCUUCAGUUUUGCCUCCACUGUUGAAGCAGGUGUAUAGGCGCAACAAUGAACUACCUGAUCUCGCAGCUGUUAUGGUCCUAAUGUUUUCUGUUAAAAGUGCUUGCAGUACUGGGUGGUUUUUGGACAAAGAUUCUGAAGAGCUUCACCAUCUGGCAAAUGAGAUGUAUAGUGGCUUCUGCAGUACAACGAAUUUCAGAAGCGAACCUAGCAGUUGCUUGUCCGCUAUCUCAACAAUUAUGUCAAGAUUCUUUCCCCAAUUGAGGAUGGGUCACAUGUUCGCCUUUCUUGAAAUAAAGCCUGGAUAUGAUACAUAUAUAUAUGACUUCGUUGUGUCACAGGACAUACGGUCAUCUCCAGAAGCAGUUAUAAGAUUACUUGUUGCCCAAAUAGACAAUAUGGAGACAUCGUCAUGUCUCAUAACGCCCCCUAACGUGAAUUUUCUCAUCAAUGGGGAAGGGAUAAAAAACAGAUCCGAUCUGUCAAUUGAUACUGGACCUCAAAUUCCAACAGCUGUGUCAGAUAUGCUUGUGAUUGGAGUAAACCUUCUUCAAGCUGUGGGCCAGUUUAAUGGAAGUUAUAUUAUUGCCAUUGCCUCUAUGACUAUGGCGGUGACCCCAAAUACCGUCACUCUUCCAGAUUAUGUGCAAACGGUAUCUGCCUCAGUUGAUUCAGAUUCUGAGAUGAUUGAAGGGCCAUCGAGAAUCUCAUUGAAUUGUCCCAUAAGCUUCACGCGCAUUAAGAUUCCUGUUAAAGGCCAGUCAUGCAAGCAUCUCCAGUGUUUUGAUUAUGACAAUUAUCUUGACAUAAAUUCAAGACGACCAUUGUGGCGCUGUCCCCAUUGCAACCAACAUGUCUGCUUUCCUGAUAUCCGUAUUGAUCAAGUUAUGGCCAAGGUUUUGGAACAAGCUGGAGAAUACAUCAAUGAUGUGAUAAUCUCUUUAGAUGGUUCGUGGAAGGCUAUCAUAGAAACUGAUGAUGACCAUCACCAAACUUCACCCAAUAAAACCGAUGAUUUUGCAAAGGAUGAAACAUUGCAGUCAGAUUUCAGGGAAGUUAAUUUGAAGCGGGAAACGAUUGAAGAUCUUAUAGCUUCUGCAGAAAACUGCCCAAAGCCUGAUACUAACAAUCUGGAUGAGGCUGAGCACUCUUUUAAUAUGGGGGAUUUCUGGUCAAGAGUUCUUCACUCAACAUAUGCUUUAGAGACGAGCAGUUCUACAAUCAAUAAGCAGAUGGGUGGUGAUCCUCAGCGCACUCCGACAAAUUUGACUAGUGAUCUUGUUCCAGCCUGUGAAGCAUCUUCCAAAACAAUGCAGUCACAACGGAUCCCAUUUGAAAAUUCAGUUGCCAACAAUGAAUAUGGAAGGUCCCCAUCAAUAGCUAGAUAUGCUGUAAGUAGAACACCAAUUGCAGUUCAGGCCCUUCCUGCCCAGACCCGCUCUCCUUUGCGGCCACCCGUAAAUACCAUGAACUCUCUUCAUUCCUUCCCCUCAGGAACUUCUCGGCACUCUCCUUCCAUACCAUUAUCAAGAUCAACAGGCAUGACGCCACCUGGUUAUUCUUUUUCUGGUUCUCCAUACGUAGCUCAGCAGCAGUUUGUUAACCUACAAUGUCAAAAUCAAGUUCCUGUUCCUUUCAGAGCACCCUCAGGUUUCACAAGUGAACCAACAAGCACUACUCAGCGUCGAACACCGAACAUGCAGCCACUUAAUGCCACA